AUGCAAUUUAUCUCAUCGCCACUCGCACCCCCGACCAGGGAGAUUGAUCGAGCACUACCGUUGCAUAAAGCGACGAAACCGACAAACUCAAUAUUUUUGCAAAUCGUCGCGGAUAGCCAACUCGCCAGGAGUUUUGGUGAUCCAGACACCAAAUAUACCUCAAAAAGCUACGAUCUACCGCCCACCUUCACAGUAAUGUCAAUUCAACCGACCGGACGGUUCACUACUUCGCCAUCUUCAUCGAUGAGGCUCAAUCUUAUGAAUCAUCUGAUUGAGGAAGCGGGAAAGGGAGCCGAAAAGAAGUGGGGGAGUGUUAAGUACACAACCGAGCACAGGCCUCUUAUCGAAUCUUUAAACGAAUUUCAGACUAUUUGUCACCAUAGCUAUCACGACAAAGUGGAAGAAAGUGCCGCACAAUCAUCGUUGGAUAGCGCGACGACAACGGCUAGUCGGUUGAUAUCAUUUGCACAGGCUCCGCCUACCAAACUAUGCGUCUGUCGAAUGUCAACCACUGCCACCUCUACAACAUCUGGAAUCAAAGUAUCAUUGUUCAAUCAGGACCAAUGGGAGAAGUUUUAUCCUCAAACUGAAAUGAUUCUGACUAGGAACAAAGGACGUCAACUGUUUCCACUCCUGAACUAUAUUCUGAAAGGAUUGGAUCCAGAUUCAGUGUAUGCAGUGUUUCUACAUUUUGAGAGAGUCGAUAACUAUAAAUACGAGUUCUCGUGCAAUAAAUGGGAAAAGAAACAAAGUGGUAAUGAGAUUCCACCAAUUGAAAUGAAACAACACAUUCAUGGAUGGAGAAAUGGAAGUCAUUGGAUGAAUGGUCCAGUUUCAUUUAAACAUGUCAAGCUCACUAAUGAUCCAGAUAACACCAAAGUAGACAGUGUUUAUGUACAAUCCAUGCAUAAACAUCUCCCGGUUAUCAGCAUUCUGAAAACGGGAGAUACAGUAAAAGAGGAAUUUCGAUUGGGACUCACGGAGUUUAUUGGUGUCACUUCUUAUCAGAAUACUCACAUAUGUUCCCUGAAAAUCGAAUUGAACCCCCAUGCUACCCGAUUCAAAGUAACUGGCGGGCAUAAUAAGGUAUCCGAGGAGAAGAAUAAACGACGAGGAAUUAAGCGCCCAGCCCAGAAUCUACCGUACCAAUUUUCUCUGUCAGAAAUGCAAGCAGCUCCUCAAUUUGUUAACCAGUACUCUGUACGUGUGCACCCAAACCAGGAGAAUCAAAUAGGAAUGUACCCUAUGCAAAUGGCUCCCGGAAUACCUGGCACCACACACACUUAUAAUUCUCAAGGAUUAUCAAACAACUAUCCGUAUCAACAGCAGAACCAAAUGAUGAUCAAUAUGGUACCAUGGUACCCAAUGAACAUGUCAAUGGGACCAUGGCAAGGAAUGCAUAUGUACCCUGGUAUGGUAGCAAAUAUGGUUCCACGGAUGCCACUUACUAGCUAUUCUCAAAAUUGGCAGUAUCCACAGGGCAGUAUGGUACCAUGGAAUGGAGAAUAUGGACAACGUGAAGCAGGAAAUUAG